UCCACCCCCUCUCUCUCUCUUCAAAAAGUUUCCUUACAUUUUCUAUUUAUCUUGAAUUAAAUCAACUCUUCCUAAAAUCCUACAUCUCUUCUCUCUCUCUCAAAAUGGCUGAGAAAGUCUACCCUUCCAAGCCCAGCCCGGUCGGUGCUGCCGCCCCGAACCCACCGUUCCCCUCCACCAAAGCCCAGCUCUAUGGCGCCAACCGCCCGGCCUACCGCCCUCAGCCCCCGCGCCGCCACCGCCGCAGCUGCUGCUGCUCCUUCUGCAUGUUCCUCACCCUCCUUGUCCUCGCCCUUCUCUUCCUCGCCGCCAUCCUCGCAACUGUCCUCUUCCUCGUCUACCGCCCCCACCGCCCAACCUUCGCCGUCUCCGCCCUCAAGUUGUCCUACCUCAACGUCUCCCAGUCCUCCUCCACCGUCAGCUCCAAGUUCGACCUCAACGUCACCGCCAAGAACCCCAACAAGAAGCUUGUGUACUACUACGGCCCCAUGACCAUAUCGGUCUCCAGCGACGGGGUGCACCUCGGCGAAGGCUCCUUCCCUUCCUUCGUGCAUGGGACCAAGAACACCACGUUGCUGGAGACCUCAAUCGCGAGCGACGGCGGCGGAGCGAUCGACACGGCACCCCUUGCGAAGCUGACGUCGGACAUGAAGGGCAAGAGCGGGCUGCCGUUGGAGGUGAAGCUGGAGACGAAGGUCAAAGCGAAGAUGGGGAGCUUGAAGACGCCGAAGGUCCAGAUCAGAGUGACGUGCGUGGGGAUCAAGGUACGCGUGCCAAGCGGGAACGCGACGGCGACGGCGUCCACGGCGGGGGCGGAGUGCAAGGUCCGCACGAGGGUCAAGAUUUGGAAAUGGACGUUUUGAUGGAGGUCUAUACGAUUUUUGUGGCAUAGUGAUAUUGUUUUCCCUUGUAUACUUUCGGUUCUUACCAUUGAACUAUCUCUCCUUUUCUCUUUUGUUCAUGGCAUUGUGUUUG